UUGAGCCUGCAGUAAAGUUUUGCUUUUGAGAAAUUAGAAAAGAUUCUUCUUGAAUGAUCCAGAUUUUAAGUUAUUGGUUUGGCACAUUGAUUAUAGAGUUUCCUAAACUUUUCUUUGUUUUACUUUGACCCUUUCAAUUGUUUGGCCUAAAAUUUGUACUUGCAUGAAGAUCAUAAAUUCUUAGUAAUUAAAUUAUUCUGUGCUACCACAUGAUUGGGUUUAGUGUCAAAGAAAUGAUGGGUAUAUACUAAUAAGCCUUUGGGAGUAAGGUAAGAAAAGGAGGCUCAUUUUCAGCACAAAACAAAAGUCACUUGCUUUUAAAAAGUGGUUUUUCAAGCCAUAAUUGGAGGGUUUUUUCUUCUUUUGGUGCAAGAAGGAACCUUUCUCAUUGCAUAAUCAUUGUCAGGAAUUUGUUUCUUGAAGGAACAUAAACUGUGUUGAAAGUUUAAUCUUUUACUGGUUUAGUAAAAUAUUUUCCUGAAUGCUACUUGUUUGUGGAAAUGUGUAGCUGAAACACGUGAUACAACCUGCACUAACCUUGUUGGUCAAAAAUUCCUCAAUGGGAUUUUUGUCACCUUUUCCAUAACAUGAUUCAGUUAUACUUGCAGGUGAGCUGGGUAAUGUAAGUCUAUCAGGUAUCUAUCAGGUUUUCAAUCGGGUUCUUGUUUGCUUCUGGGGGACUGUGGGACUGACAUGAUUCAAGACCUAAAAAGCAUGGCUUUUGCAAAUGUUCCUGCACUACAGUUCAAGACUUGUGAUGUUCUUGGUUCCAAUUCAAAAUGUUUAAACUUCCUUCCCUUACAGAACAGAAAUCUUUUUGUGAAGACUCUAGUCGUUGAAGCAAAGGCAAAUACUAGAACAGAAAGCGCGAAAAUUAGAAACAGAAGAAUGCGAAAGAAGUUUAAUGGCAACCCUAGAAGACCAAGACUGUCGGUAUUCUGUUCAGACAAGCAAUUAUAUGCUAUGUUGGUGGAUGACAAAAACAAGAAGUGUUUAUUUUACGGAAGCACUUUGCAGAAAUCUAUUCGCGACGAUCCUCCUUGCACCAUCAUUGAAGCUGCUAAACGUGUUGGUGAAAAGCUUGUCAAAGCUUGUGUUGAUCUUAACAUAAACGAAAUAUCAUAUUAUGAUCGCAAUGGAUUUGCACGUGGCGAAAGAAUGCAAGCCUUCGAGAUUGCAAUAGCUCAACAUGGGUUCUUGCCGCGGUAGAAAUGAAUCCAGGUUUUCUGUUAAACUCUUGUUAGUGAUAUCAGUAAUCAAGCAAUGUUCCUCAAAUGUAGAAAACUGAGCUUACCUUUUGCAAGAUUUGUCAACUGUUAGCACAUAUUGUACUGAUCUUGGUGAAGUCGAUUGCCUUCGCUGUUCUAUGAUAUCCUUGUCAGUUAAGUUUAAACGGCUUA